CUCCAGGCAACAAUCUGUGUCCCACGAUGCAUAUCAUGUCUGAACUUUUAUUCGCACAUGUGUAUGUACAUAACGCCGACCUUGACUACUUCAGCGAGUUAAAAAGAUGUCUAUCCGGUACACGCCAAGAUUGACGUCCACAUGAAGGCGAGCUAGCAAGUAAUUUUUCGCAGGAAUCUCUUCGGUUGUCAAUCGACGUUGCAUGGGAAUUACGUAGAUCACGACUGCAAGUGUAUACAGUUUUGACAACUUUCCGUUCGCCGUCGCCUGAAAAAGAUGCCUCCCGAACUACUCGACGCUCCUCCCUCGUUGGUGGUAGCGAGUUCCGUGCGCACCUCGCCGAAAAGUUCGAAGCGAACGAACCUGGACACGUACCGCUCGAACGUGGAUGAUUCGGUAACCGGCGAGCAAACUAGGCACGUCCAGAGGUGCUUGAGCAGCAACAGAAAGACGAAUGAUUUGGGUGAUAGUACUACAUCUCCGCAUCCUAUUCUCGAUGAGCACCAGCUGCCGGUGUGGCACCCCAGCGACGACGAGCAGACGUGGAAUCGCCAGGCCGCGCGGAAUGCGUUCUUCCUGGCGGCGACGCCCGGACCGAUAGAGAAAUUGGUCAAGGAGCAAAACGGGAGCGGCUAUGUGGGAAAAGCCGACUGCAGUGCUGGAGAAAAAGAAAUAUUAAACCCGACCAGCGUGGCCUCCGGCAAGAACUUGGCAUCGCUCCCGCUGCUGAAAACGUGGAAGGCGGAGGAGAGUCAAAUGUCGGACGAAGACGAAAUGGGCGUGAUUCCGCUUGAAGACGAGGGGAUCGAGGUCGAGGAUGCUCGGGAAGUGUUCUCAAACAAGGACUCCCGCUCGAAUCACAGCACUAAUGCUCUGACCGUGACCCAUCCGGCCGAUAAUUCCAGGCAAGGGCCUGUCGGAGGCGGUCUUCUCGGCCUGUCGGCAAGGAGCGCGCCGCAGUGGAAGAGCGCGGCGCCGCUGGUGCAGCCAAAGAUAGUGUCGCCGGUUAGGUUCUUCGACAAGGGACAGGAUAUUACAAGCGUUGCACCAGUACAGCCAAAGAAGGAAGAAACCUCUACUUCGGCGCGACCGUCAGUGCCACUUCUAGGCUGGCUGUUCGGGAAAAAGAAGGACGCUGCGGAAAAGAAGGACACUGCGGAAGAACGGUUCUUGGAAGGAGAAAAAAGCAGUUUUUCUGAGAGCAGUAUUAAAAAGCAGUCACGAGGACCUCAGGAAGGAGAUUUCUCACAGCCAGAGAACCUUUCCCCACCGGCGCCAGCGAUGCUUCUUGCGUACUAUGGUGAGCAGGAAGAAGAGGACGAGCACGUGAAACCGGACGUCGAUUCGGCGUCGGAUUUCGGGUUUGUGGAGCACACGAGCAGCGAGGAUGACCUGGACGGGCACGGGGAGCUGCAAAAAUCGAUGCAGCGCCUGAGCCAGUCCUUUGAGGAGAACGAUUUAGCGAAGAAGCUGUGGGCCGAGGGCGAGCAGGAGGCGGCACCGGUACUCCCGCGGAUCGUAUCGGGGACCACCGAGGAGGAGGGCAGCGCCACCGACCGGGGGAACGCGCGGGCGGGCAACCUGAAGGUGCGGUUGCGGCAAAAGCCGUCGGACACCGAGACGCAGAAGACGGAGGUGCCGGUCGCGAGCCGCAAGCCGCAGGAGCCGGUCGACUGGUUUUCCAUGCGGGACCAGUCGCCGGAGGGCGUGAACCGCCGGCGGAGCCUGUUUUUCGCGCAAACGGUCGUCCCCGAGUCCGACGCACAAACGGACCGCCUGUCCGCGUCGUCCCGUCGCGCGAGUCGCGGUAGUCCGCAGUUGGUACGUGCAGACCCCGAGGGCCCGGGCGGCCUGGUAGAGGUGCAGAAGACCGUGGGAACACCGGCGGAACAGCCGAGUGCCAAUAGCGCAGAGGGGCAAGAGAAUGGUGCUGACAAAAAGCAGCCACAGAAUGUACAACCACAAUCCGACGGGAUCAGUGCGCCAUCACCCUCUUCUGGCGGACUACACGACGAGCUGUGGAAGCUGCAGGCCGAGCUUGGCGAUGUGAACGACAGGUUGCUGAGUCUGACUGGUGAAAAGUACAUCACCGACGCGCCCUACGACCGUGCAGUUCCUCGGUUUUUCACUGGCGGUGGCCACGAGGUAGCGGCCCAGAGUGGCAGCUUCGUGACCGAGGUAGCCGACGUUUCCAAGCCUCCAGUGCGGUUUGACCAGCCGCGGGCGGGUCAGUUGUGCCUCGCCCUGCCUCGCGUCGAGGCGGACCUGUCCAUUUUGAAUCGGGAACUCUUGAACGAUUUCUACAGUUACGCGGCCGAAAACCCGCUCUCCGACCAGCCCAAGGAGGCGCUGGCGCAGCGGGUUUCGCGG